UAUUUUCAACUUUCUAGAUUUCAUUUUCAAUUCAGUUGCCAUUGUAUAGAUAAGGUAUCAAAAUCUACUACUCAAUGCCGGGUUUUUUUGUUUUUUGUUUAUCCUCGUGACAACUGUUGUCACGCCACAUCAAACAGAAAGUAACGUCAUGACCAUCGGCAGACAGACAAGCAGCCUCCUCCGUUAGCAUGUCUCUUUAUUAGCCCACUACGUUUGGGUUUCCUGUCCUCCUCCGUUCUCCUGAGACACGGAUCUUGGGAAUGUUUGUAUCGGCAUUCAUUUCUUUAGGAAUUGGCCGUCAUCUUAUAUCAUCAAUUGUUAAAAACAUCGAAAAAAUAUGUUAAAACAACAAAACAAAUUCAAAUUGUGAACAAAAAAUUUUGAAAGUAAUUUUCAGUAAUAUCAUAGUUACUAACCAGGGUACUCUACGAAAAUAGCAAAGUGUGCCUUUGUCCCGAAGUUCAUUCAAUAAAAUUCUUCACUAGUAAGAUCGUAGUGAGAAUCCAUAGUCAGACGAAUAAAUUAACUAGUGAAAAUAAUCUUUCCGGCUAAAAUUUCAAUGGUUWUUUAUGUCAAAGGUCGUCUAUCGAAUUACAUUUAAUUCUCCCGGGRAAAAUUACCACUGAAGAACCGGGAAAACCGAUUAAUAAUCUCUAAUUGAAUUCUCCAGCCCCUUCAACUCCUUGAGUCUUUGUCAUUGCAGUGUUCAUUGAUUAUAUUUUAAAAAACAUGGACCUUAAAACAAGAGAAAGAGACGGGAGUACGUCCUCAGAUGACCGAUAUACAUCCUCGGAAGAUCCAUAUACAGGUCCCUUUACACUUCUACCGUCYGGCAGCUCAGACUCGGAGGAUGAUUACUUCAUAGAGCACAGAAGAAAAGAGCUAUACGCCGGAACACCAACCAGCGAGGUGCUGUUGAAUUUACUAAACAGUAUUGUCGGUGCGGGGUUAUUGGCCUUGCCGUACGUCAUAGCGCAAGGCGGGCUUGUUGCUCUCAUUUCGUUAGUUGUUGUGCCUGGUCUGUGUUACKAUACAGGAAAGCUUCUCAUUGACUGUCUUUAUGAGGAAACUCUUAACGGUCCGAGAAUACGUGUACGAUCCACCUAUAUGGAUCUUGGCGAUACUUGCUGGCCAAGCUAUGGUGGGAUCAUGACUAUUAUUAUACAGAUAUUACAGCUUGUCCUAUCAGCCUCUUCAUGCAUUGUUCUCAGUGCAAGUCUUCUCUCUCACAUCGUGGAUGGCUUUGUUCAAUUAUCUCAAUGGAAAUGGUUCUUCAUCGCGGCUGUAGCCGUUCUGCCGACUGUUCUUGUAAAGAAUCUUUCACAAGUGGCAUGGUUGAACAUUAUUAGCGUCACUACUCUUUUUUCUUCCAUCGUUGUUAUCACUGGUUACGGCUAUUUUACAAGUCCAGCCUGGGACAUCCGGGAUUUGCCAUUAUGGAAYUCAGAGGGAAUACCGCUGGCUAUAAGUAUCAUAGUCCACAGCUACGCACCCCAUGGUGCUUUGCACAGCAUCGAAGGCAACAUGGCGGACAGAUCCAAGUAUAAAACUAUGCUAACAGUGACAUACRUUUUAGGAACUGUCCUGCGUACUGUGUUUGCAAUCAACGGAUUUUUUUCGUACUAUGGUAGGAUUGACGAGGUUAUAAGUAACAGUCUUCCACCGGGAGUAUUAAUAACUGUUAACAGCUUAUUGUUAGUGUACUCGAUUCUAUGCUACCCCUUCCAAGCAUUCUCWCUAAUACACAUCAUUGAAACGUCCCUGCCCAAUUCCAAAAGUGCUUGCUCAGGGGAUCGAUGGUACGUCGUGUCACGUGUUGUGGUUACCAUAACAACGUUUGUAGCUGCUCUUCUUCUUCCCCGUUACACUGUUCUCAUGGCAAUCAGCGGGAUUUUCAAGGCGGUGUUAGCGUUUAUUCUUCCGUGUCUCUUUCAUUUGAUGCUSAAAGGGUAUGGCUUAGCUCCGUGGGCUGUCUUUCUAGAUUUUUUAAUACUUGCUAUUGGAAUUGCUAUUGUUGUUGUAGGUACAACUGUCAUAAUCUUUCAGCUGAUUGUCAUCUACUGAUUUAGGAUUUUAAAGCAAUGGAAUUUUAGUCAAUAGCCGGAAUCAGAAAUCGGGUGGUUUAUUUCAGUAAUAUGUCUUGAAUAGAAUUAAUGCAUUCAGUCGAAGCGCAAUAUAACAYAAGCCAUACUAUUUUCUUGAAUUCAUUUGCUUGGCACUACAAAUUUACCUCUAUUMAGCAACGCUUAGGGACUUUUCAAACUGGCUGCUUAAUGAAGGUCGACCGUUCAGUAGAGAGCGGAUUGAGCACAAACAAAGAUAUUGAAAAUUAUUAUUAUGGCCGCCUUAAUAGUGGCUGACUGCUUGAUGAUUGACCGACUAUCAGAGGYCCAACUGUACUUUUUACAAACUUAGAACUUUAUUAUGGCCGAAUAAUAACGAGUGACCGCUAAAUCAAGGUCUUUUAUUAGAAGCUCGUCAAUYAAAAACUAUAUUCAUAUUAUAUAUAAAUAAUGAUAUAAUAAUUCUGUGCUAAAACAGUAAGUACUUGUAGRUAUAUUGCUUUGGUUGGAAUAAAAGGAUAUUUAGUAAAUAGGUCAAAGGAUAGUGAGAUGGAAAAAUGCUUGUUUGGAAAUCUGAAAGUGGAAAGAAAAGAUGACACUGAACAGGCAGACAGAUCAGGACAAAAUGGUGAUCUCGAWKGAUUGSUUUGGCAUUUUAAUGCAAAAAWUAYAUACUGUAAUCUGUGUUAAAAUGACAAUUCUUAAUUCAUUCCCGGCAUGCAUGUAGUUGAUAUGCGCCAUUUGAUAUAAGAUAGUUGAAUGUAGUUAAUAAAACACUAUCUAUCUUCC